AUGUACGAUUCACUUACAUCAAAGACCACCCCAUCCCCUUCUCACUCUCCAUUGAGAAGGCUAAGAGAUACGACUACUCAAUGUAAACGCCCUCGUUGUCGGCAGCAACGUGCAUCCCGCCUACGAGCCAAAUCCUUCUCCAGCUUUCACAAGGGAACAUCAAAACACGAGUCUUCAUGCUCACAGUGCAGCGACCAAUCGCCGGAAUGCGUCGGCCAUCCACUCGGCAGUGUCACCGUCUUCCAGACAUCAGCUAUAGCCUCGGCCCUGACAAACGAGACCGCAUCCCCUCAUGGCAAAUGCCAUGCCGACGCGCCAUGCUAUCUACAUAGAGAUCAGGAAUCAUCGCACAGCGUGCUGCCUACAGAUAAGGCUAUGAGCAAGUCCCAAGGUCUAGGAGUCUCGCACAAGAAGCCCAGGGGGCAAAGCCAUCCGCCAAAGCACCAACACCACCAACGACAAGACUUGCGGCUAUGGAAGGCGAAUUCUGCCCAGCCCAGCAACAGGGCAUGCACAUCCUGCCGGACUGAAGAGACACCGCGAUGGCGCGAGGGUCCAGCAGGACCUCGAACACUGUGUAACUUCUGCGGUCUACUGUACGCGAAGCGGCAACAGAAAUGCCAUGAUGCCCCAUCAAGUCACUGCUUUACCUCUGACUAG